CAGGGCGGCCCGGCGCAGGCGCGGAGGCGGCUGCAGGGGGCGGGGUCGGCCCUAAAGCGAGGCUUCGGGCCUGGGUUGAGGGCGAGCUAGGGAGAGUGCCGGGGGUUCCGGGCUCCAUCCCGAGGCGGCGCUGGCGGCUCCUGGACUCUUCUUUUCGUUUCCUUUCCUUUUCCCCCCGUCUUCUCAGUGUGAUUUUCUUGAAACACUGCUGAGAUUCUUUGCUAUCACCCUGGAGUCUGGGAUUUGAGUUAAAUCUCUCCACUGAUGACGUUUAUAGUACAGAAACAAAAGUGAUGGUCCCAGGCAGGACUAAGGCCAGUUUUUUUUAGGUUGACUUGGGCAGAAAAGUGGAAAGAGAAUGCUUCACUUUACCCGACAUCAGUAUCUGAGACAAAUAACCCAGAAAUAUUUUUCUAGUGUAUAUAUUAAAAUGGAUAAACAUGCACAGCUAUUUCUUUCAAGUACUUUUGCACUUGCAGAAUUAAGGAAGUCAUGGCAUUCAACCUACUCUCUGUUUGGAGACAAAAAUAUUAUCCUGAUGGGACCUCCUGGUGCUGGGAAAACAACAGUAGGCAGAAUAAUAGGUCAGAAACUAGGUUGUUGUGUCAUAGAUGUGGAUGAUGAUAUCCUUGAAAAAACCUGGAAUAUGAGUGUGUCUGAAAAAUUACAGGAUGUUGGUAAUGAGCAAUUUUUAGAAGAGGAAGGAAAAGCCGUGUUAAACUUCUCUGCAUCUGGAAGUGUGAUUUCCCUUUCUGGGUCCAAUCCAAUGCAUGAUGCUAGCAUGUGGCAUCUGAAGCAAAAUGGAAUAAUUGUGUACCUGGAUGUGCCCCUAACAGACAUAGUUAGUCGUCUAAAGUUAAUGAAAAUAGAUAGGAUUGUAGGUCAGAAUUCUGAAACAUCUAUGAAAGACUUACUUAAAUUUAGAAGACAGUAUUAUAAGAAGUGGUAUGAUACUCGUGUUUUUUGUGAAAGCGGGGCUUCCACAGAGGAAGUAGCUGACAAAGUGCUUGAUUCAGUUAAAAGAUACCAAGAUGUAGACUCAGAAACAUUCAUCUCAACAAGACAUAUUUGGCCUAAAGACUGUGAACAGAAGGUUUCAACAAAAUUCUUUAGCGAAGCUGUGAUUGAGGGGCUGGCUUCUGAUGGUGGACUCUUUGUUCCUGAGAAGAAGUUUCCAAAAUUAAACUGUAGAGAGUGGAAAGGCCUAGUAGGAGCAACAUAUGUAGAAAGAGCACAAAUACUCCUGGAAAAGUGUAUACAUCCUGCUGACAUACCUGCUGCGACUUUGGGAGAAAUGAUUGAAACUGCUUAUGGAGAAAACUUUGCCUGCUCAAAAAUUGCCCCUGUCAGGCACCUUUCAGGCAACCAAUUCAUCCUGGAGCUGUUUCAUGGACCAACAGGAUCAUUUAAAGAUUUGUCUUUACAGCUUAUGCCUCAUCUCUUUGCAUACUGUAUUCCACCAAGUUGCAAUUACAUGAUACUUGUAGCUACUUCAGGAGACACAGGGAGUGCAGUCUUGAAUGGUUUUAGUCAUCUUAAUAAGAAUGACAAGCAAAGAAUAGCUGUGGCCACAUUUUUUCCUGAGAAUGGACUAAGUGAUUUUCAAAAAGCACAAAUAAUUGGCAGUCAAAAAGAAAAUGGGUGGGCAGUGGGUGUCAAGUCAGAUUUUGAUUUUUGCCAGACAGCACUGAAAAGAAUUUUUAAAGAUUCUGAUUUUACUGGCUUUCUUACUGUGGAAUAUGGAACAAUCUUAAGUUCAGCAAAUUCCAUGAACUGGGGCCGACUGCUUCCCCAAGUAGUUUAUCAUGCUUCUGCAUAUCUUGAUCUUGUUAGCCAAGGAUUUAUUUCUUUUGGAAGCCCUGUUGAUGUCUGUAUUCCCACAGGAAACUUUGGUAACAUUUUAGCGGCAGUAUAUGCCAAAAUGAUGGGAAUCCCUAUUCGAAAAUUUAUUUGUGCCUCUAAUCAGAACCAUGUUUUGACUGAUUUUAUAAAAACAGGACAUUAUGAUCUAAGGGAAAGAAAAUUAGCACAAACCUUUUCACCAGCAAUAGAUAUUCUCAAAUCUUCAAACCUGGAACGACAUUUACACUUAAUGGCUAAUAACGAUGGACAAUUAAUGACAAAAUUAUUUAAUCAAUUAGAAGAGCAGCAUCACUUCCAGAUAGAAAAGAAGCUAGUUGAGAAACUUCAGCAAGAUUUUGUAGCCGGCUGGUGCUCUGAGGCAGAGUGCCUAGCAGCUAUUCACUCCACCUACAAUACUUCAGGGUAUAUUUUGGAUCCACACACUGCUGUUGCAAAAGUGGUUGCAGACAGAAUGCAAGACAAAACCUGCCCGGUGAUUGUCUCAUCUACAGCUCAUUACUCAAAGUUUGCACCUGCUAUCAUGCAGGCUUUCCAAAUUAAGGAAAUAAACCACACUUCAUUAAGUCAGCUUUAUUUACUGAGUUCAUACAAUGCAUUACCUCCACCACAUGAGGCUUUAUUAGAAAGGACAAAGCAGCAAGAGAAGAUGGAGUACCAGGUCUGUGAAGCUAAUGAGAAUGUCAUGAAGAGUCAUGUGGAAAAACUGAUACUAAAUUGGUUCUUAUAAAAAUUUCUGAGUACAGUAUUUUUCUGUUGAUAAGCAUGCAGUAAUAAAUCACAAAAGUUGACUUGGAAUGUAAAAGCAUUUUGUUUUAUAUGUAAAUAUCUAUGUAAGAUCUAUUACCUUGGAAUUUCAAUAGUCUAAUCUCUAGGCGUAAACAUUGGACCUGAACAUGCUCCUUGGAUCCUUAAUCUAGAAAUGACAAAAAGAUAGCAUAGUGCAUGAACUCUUGUGCUGUUGCAUUGUGCUUUGCACUCAUGAGGGAUAAUAAGUUUCCACUCCCUCACCCCUACUUUUAAGUGGACCCAAGAUGUCUGAUACUCAAUUUGACAAUUUAAAUAUUUGAGUAUGAUUGUUAAGUACUAUAUCUGUAACCAUUGCUAGUUCUGUAUUGAGUACAAAGAUAAUUUACCACUCAUGUCUAAACUUCUGUGGAGGAAGUAGUAAGCUCAUCUGUUAUGACAGUGUUUUUUUUAGCUUUCUUCAAACUUGAUUUUGGACUACAAUUAUGUGUAUUCUGCACCAUCCAAAUCAGAUAUAUGCUCUGUCCUUCACCCCUCUUUGGAUGUUUAGAGCUAGGAUGAUAUAUCAAGAGACGCUGAUUUAAAUGCAGAAUUAAAUAAUCCACAAAACUACUUAAUAGUGGAUACAGAAAUAAAAUUACUUACCUCUUUCAAGAGAAGAGUUUUCCAAGAUUCAGAGUACUUGAAUAGUCUUAAAGAGGUAUAUUUAUGAUUUUAGGUAGCAGAUUUCCUGUAUUAUUUGAGUCCUUACCUAUAUAAUUUGUUGAAUGUCUCUCUUCAAUGAACAUUGUAUUUCUUGGCAACUAAAACCACACAACUGAUGCACAUAUUUAAUUUUUCUUUCUUCAUAGUAAUAGUACUUUUUAACCAUGAUCUACAUUUGUGAAUUUACUGUAUGCUUUAUUUCUGAAUUAAAGAUUGCCAUUGAAAGGA